AAAAUUACUUACAAUAAGUUUCUUGCAAUAACUUCGGUAGAAUGAGCAAGAAAAUGUUUGUGCUUUUGGUAGUUUUUUUAGCUACACAUAAUGCUGUGGGUAAACUUCACAUAUUGAGUCUAAAUCAAGUAAAACGCUACGUCGAGGAGUUCAUUGUCGAUUGGUCGAUAAUAGUUGAUGGCAGUUUGUUAGAAAUAAGAAAGUAUGUCGAUAGAUCGAGGGAUACGUGUCAAAACUUUGAACAAAAACUGAACGUAACUCGUACUGAUGUGUUGAUAUGUCGGAAGGAAAUAAAAGUUGGUGAAAACACUGUGUGUAAUACAUUGCAGUCUUUCAUUUUAAAAUGUACUGUGCCAGUACGACAAUUAUUAAAUGACUGUUUACCACUUGAUACUAAAGAAAUACCUGGUUUGAUAGAGAAAAUUAUCAAUGGUUUAGUUAAUCAAGCUUGUGGCCUAACCCUUGAAGAAAUGAUCGAAUUCUUCAAUCCAUGUCAAUUCAAGAAAAAUGCCUUAGAAAUUAAAAGUUGUCAAGACCUUAAAAAAGAUAUACCCAGAAAUUUUCCAAAUACGAGAAAAGUUUGUGAUCUAUUGAAGCAGGCCAAGAAAUGCUCUUAUGAUGUUCACACUGCUACUUGUACAAAUCCAAUAACUUUAAACGUAUUCGCAAAACUCCACAAAACGAUUGAAGAUAGCACUGAAGAAAUAUGCUAAAAUCCAACAAACAAUGUAGUUUCUUAAAAUUGUUAAUGUACUUAUAAAAACAGAAGAUUCAACAUUUUCAAGUUUUAAAAAGUAAACUGAAAUAUAUGUACAAUAUUUUA